ACAUUAUUCUAUUUCCAGAGGGGCAAAAAACCUAAAAAAUAUUUUACAAAAAACGAGAUCUCUUCUUCAUCUCGAGAAUUUUUUUAUUUUUUUUGUAAUGAAUGUAUUUGAGACAUGUUUUAGUAAAAGGGGAGGCAGACGUAUUUAUCUUCCUGAGGAAGAAGAGGAAGAAGAAGAACGAAAUUGUUUUACAUGUUGUGUGUGGACAAGUAAAAAAUACAGGGAAGGGAUAAGGCUCCCUGAAGGAGGACGAAGAGGAACAAUAGAUGAUUAUUUGGAUCCCAGAUCGCCCGUGAGCAUAGAAGUUUUGUUAGCUGAACAAGAAGAGGAACUAGACCACUAUCUGGGUCAGACAACAGAUGAUGAAGACGCUUUCAUUGCCAAGAGAAAGAAUAGUGUUGCCAGUAAUGCCUUUCUGGAAGAAGAUGCCCAGUUUCUAUCAGAGCACAGAAUAUCCGCUAUCCUUGUUGACAGGCCCAAGCUGGGGAGUGCCAAUAUCUUUCAUUCGGAACAGCUCAUAGAGCCUCCACAAGAAUUGCUGGAUGUUGUCAUACCAGUAACAAGUACAAGCACCAGUAGCAUCAGCAGUCGUGUCUUUGCCAUCAAAACUAGACCUCAAGAACUCAUCUCAGAUGUCAUGCAUAUCACUCAUUCUCCACAGGAGAUUCAACAGCCCAUCAUACCCUCACCCUAUGUACCACCCUCUCCUAAUGUGCCACCCGAGCCAGUCGUACCUCAAGCUAGUGCUUCUACUACUACCACUAGUACACGGAUGGCCGAAUUUCCGGCCACCACAUUGACCCGUAGUCCUUAUAAACCCACACCCAUCAUGCAACAUCAUGACCCUAUACCAACACCACCGCAACCCAUCCUCAACACAGGUCGAAGACCUUCUGCUGUCGCCAGUUUGCUAGGUGACAAAUUAGACGAUUUCACUGAAAAACUAGCAUUUAUCAAGAAGAAUAUCAUUAUGAGUCUAGAUAGUGACGAAGAAGAAGAACUGACUGAAAAUAAUCAUUUUUAUAAUACUGACCCAUUAAACAAGCAUCGAAAGAGUUUAGAUGGUCGUGACCUAAGUUCACAUAUAAAUAAUAACGGCGGAGGACAAGCCAAAUGGGAUAACUUUGUUUUACCAAAGUUUAAUAAAAAGCAACAAGCAGAGUCUCAUGCUGUACCACGCUCAGUCACACAAAGUUACUCAGAUGCAUCGUCCAGCGACGACGAAGAGCCUUUUGACUUUAGUGUGGUUGGUAAAAAUGUCCGUAACUUUGGUGAAGGUGUAAUGGGAAAUGGCUUACGGAUGUUUAAUAAUAUAUCCACCCGAAUCAAGAAUCAGAAGUAAAAAAAAAAAAAAAAAAAAAAAAAAAAAAACCUUAAGCUUCCUUGUACAGUGCGUCCAUAUAUAGUCAAUCACCGAGAGUGGCUUACUUUCUAUCCCCCCCUUUUUUUAUAAUAAAAAGAGACAACGGCAAACUUCUUUUCUUUUUUUCAUCAAUAAGAAAUAAUUUUAAGAAAAAACUAUGGAUUACACAAAUAAAGUAGUUAUUCUUUAUGGCGGCACUUCAGG